AUGGCCAACAUCCCAACGCCUGGCUUAUUACGCUCGAUCGAGGGAUUGGAUGACUCAGACCUCGAACUCAAGAUAAGGACAGCAGGUGUAGUCGUCGACAGAUCUGAAACUGGCUCGAGCAUCGUCCUCAGAUCUGAUUCAUCAUGCUUGAUAGUCGACUGUACCAUCCCGAUGACUGAUGACUCAUUAUCAAACUAUCUGCCCCGUCUCACCGACCGAUUGAUUGUCCUUGGCUACCUUCGUCCUUCGACCGUCAGUCAACCAUGCUGAUUUUUGCUUAUCAAGCCUAAACAUUUAUCGCGUGUUUCCUUCUUUUUUUUGUGUGUAUCCUACCUGAUCCAGAUCGAGGAAACUAGAAGACAUAAA